AUGUCGGUGUUGGGUAAUACCGGUACCAAGCCUAGAAAUGUUAUACUCCACAGCCAAACAGCACCCAUUGAAUACUACAACUACAGAUCUCUCCAAACAUCCUCUCUAAGUACUGCAGAGCCAGUACCUACCCGAGCACCCAGGACCCCCCAUGCUCACGCCCCAAUGACAUCUACCAAGCGAGGAUUCAUCAUGACACCAAUUGACCAGGGCUUCAAUGACAUCGGCUCGUCCCAAUCGAGCUUGUUUUCCAUUGCCAUACGUUUCCAUCCCAACCCUGACCCUGACCCUGACAAACGGUCAUCCCGGGAUGACGAUGUUUCAACGGCCAGGGUCCAAGCGGAAAAACUCAGCCGGAAAAACUCAGUUAGCGGGGCGUGGCAUUCGCUCCGAGCCUCCCUUCCCGCGGCGCAGUUGACAGGCCCUGGCGCGGAUCCAAGCCAAGAGAGGCUUAAGUCUAUCCCUACAGCCCUAUGGCAGAAUAGAUCACCGUCUCUUUUUGCCGCCGUGGGGUGA